AUGACGAGCCUCUCUCCUCCUCCGAAUGCCGGCGCGAUGCCGCUUCACUCGUCCUCCAACAACGCUGUCGAGGACUUUAGACCAAACGAUCGUCUCUUGCUCUCUUUCAUUGCCCUGAGCGCGGCCCAGAGCACUAUAGCCCGUUCCGCCGAGGUUGUAUUGGAUGCGGUACUGAUGCUUCCUACGACGCUGUCGUCGUCGUCGUCAUCGGAGUCUGUGGCUCCAUCGGUCCACGGCGGCAAUACCGCCGACCGCUUAAGCGACCUUUACCCUGAAGUGCGCGUGUUGCUUCAUCUGCACUACGUGCGGUGUGCGCUCCGCGAUCUACAGGAGUGUCCGACCCACGCACGCCACACUUUCUUCUCCAUCAUUCAAGAGCACCUUACUGCCCUAGCACUGGUGCUGCCGGAGCCGCUCUUCACCGCCAUCGCGACAGUGCUUCAGCGCUUCCUGGCCAUGAACACCGAUGAGGCCCUCGCCAAGGACCGCCUUCAUGUCCUGGAGGUACAGCUGAUGCACGUUGUGGAGGUAACGCAAGCAGAAUUGCUGCGCGCCACCAAGCACCUAAGUGUGCGAGCAGGAGUCUUGACGCUUCGCUUUCACCAUGACAUCCCCUACCUGUGA